AUGUGUUUUAAAGAGAAGUUUAGUAACUGGGAGUUGACGAAGAACGGUGGAGAUCAAUGGUGUAUUGAACCGACGCCAGAUGAUGCAAUGGUUUCAUACUUCUGCACCUCACAUAAGCCGUGUCUAAAAAAACAAGUGAUCAUUCUGCUGCAAAGCGGUUAUGAUGCUGCAUAUUUAGAUUCUGCACCUGAAGUGACUGUGAGGGACUGGUACAGCACUCGACAUGACUGUGGAGGCGUUUAUUGGCUUACUGUGUCACUGCUCAAUGAAAAACGUGAGGUCAUUGCUACAUUCAAGCCGGAUGAUGUGACUCUGCCCCAGGGUACCCCUUGGACACAGGUGACACACACAUUUAAAGGUUAUGGUCCUGGUCUACGUUUCAUCUCUUUUGAACAUGGUGGUAAAGACACUAACGAGUGGAAAGGCUGGUAUGGAGUCAGAGUCACUGGAAGUUCUGUCACCAUAGCCCCAAAACCCAGAUGAGAUUAAGUAAUGUCACUGAAUUGUCAGAACUUUGCUUUUAAAGCAACACUAUGUAGUUUUUUUACCUUUAAAUAAUGUCUCUAAAAUUAUUUCAGUGAUAGAACAACUUUUAACUGGACAAAUUGUACUGUUGCUUCAACCUGAGCAGCCUCCUAGCUGCUACAAGCACACUCUGAAAGUGGCGGUGGAGGGUAGAGCACACAGCCCCGCCCCUCCCCCUGCCUGCAGAAGAGUGUCUGAUACCAGGCACUGUUGCGCUUUUCAACCACAUGGGGGAGCUGUAAGUCAUUUUUACAUGCAAACUACAUAGUGUUGCUUUAACCAUACUAUAAAUAUAAAUAAAUAAAUAGUAAAGUAACAUUACAGAAACUUCACGGCUAAACCUUGCCGAAAAAUGCAAAGCAAUUGCUUAUGUUUUUUAAAGAUUUAAAUGCAUAUUCAGAAUACAUAUUUUGAAUGAAAAUUAAACAUGUGGGGAAUUAAUUGAAAUAAUUUCCUGCUUUCAGUACAGCUUAAUAAAGUCUCCCUGUGGUG